CAGCAAGAUACCUUCAUCAACGCCAGUCGAGCCGCUACGUACAUACAAGCAGCAUUGACAUUUUAUUAACUCCGUGAAUUCCAUGAAAGGCGUAUGGAUUAUCAUUCAGUGAUCUAGUAAAAUUCUUUCACUGACGAGUGUCGUAUCGAUGUGUGGAGAAUCGCGGAAGUGAAGAAAGAAAACGCGACAGAAUGAUGACCGAAUCGUCCGAUUCUGUCAAAAUGGAGAUAUUCCAAAAUCCUGAGGUAGAAAAUUCAGUGGUGAAGUCCGUGUCCAUUGAUAUGGAAGCGACCGAGGCCGGUAUAGGGCAGAGUUCAGAGGAGUCCAUCAAUGCGGAAGUGGCCGAGGAUGUUGUGGUGAAGAAUACAGUUGAUACGACUGAUAAGAAGGCCAAACAGGAGAACAGCUUCGCUGCUAAGAAGACAGUGGCGCAGGGUAUGAUGGAUGUCGCGCUCAUCACAGCUAACGCGAAUCAGUUGAGGUACUUGAUCGAAUACCAGCGUGGUAGCCCGACAUUUUACUUCAUCGUCAUCCUGAUCGCCAUCAGUCUACUGUUACAGAUCGCCGUUGGCGUCAGUUUGAUCUUUAAGGGACGAUUUGACUUGAAGGGCAAGUCGAAAUCCCGCAAGGCUCAGAUGAUUAACAAUUAUGUUGUAGCAGCAGUUUUUCUAAUCACGAUCAUUAAUGUAUUCAUAGCUACGUUUAGUAUUUCUGCUCCCACCAUUCAACCGCUUCAAGUCGCACCUACGGCAUCUAGUAUAUAAAUGCUCCUUUGUCGCGAACGAUAUUAUAAUUACGUUUACGCAUCUGUUUUUAAUAUUAAUAUUAAUAUUAACAUAAUAACGAUAGAAAUAUGGCGUACAAAGAAUAUAUAGGAUUUCUAACGACUGAUUUAUAAAGUAAAUUGAAAUGACGAAAGUCAGCGAUUUUAUAACUUAUUAUAGACAUGUUAAUAUGUAAUUACUUUUGUUCUCGUAUACGUGUAAUACAUAUGUAUAUAAUAGCAGCAUAAAUUAUUUUAUUUAAGAUUUAGUCGACUGUGCCAUUUAGCCAUGUCUAUUGAGAAGAACGUGAUUAACAAAUAUGGGUGGUUUCGUAAAACCACUCAUACAUGGAUCUCUUCCUUUCGAAUAAAUAAAAUCUGUACGUAAUUCUAAGAUUUCAUUUAUUGUAUAAUAUAACAUAAUAUAAUGUAACACGAACGACAUGGAUUACGAUUCGUUUUUAUCACAUUGUUCACAUCGUUUUGGAAGCAAAUUCACAACAAUGUGCGUAAAAUAAGUUUUUUACAAUAAGAAAACAUAGUCGAUAAGUUUUUAAACAAAUAAUUCUAUCGCUACAUAAAAUUGUGCAACCGACACGACUAACCCUUUCAGUCACUAACAAAUUUCAUAUUUAUCUGCUCCAAUCGUGAACAAGAUAAAAUUGAUUUUUUAGAAAUUAUUUAGAGAAAGAUGCGUGACCAAUAUGCGCAUGAAAUACAAUAAUAAAAUCGCAAGAAAUUUACAUUGUACAAAUAUCUGGAAGGGUUGACGUCAGGUAAGUUAAUUGUACAAUAUAUGAUAAGACUGAAAAUAUUUAUCAGAAAUAAUUUUUAAUCUAUACUAAUCUCGUGUCUCUCCCAUAGAGAAAAAUAGAAAUUACAAAAAAAAUGCUCUAGCAUCUGUAAAAUAUAUUUCGGUAUCUCAGUGAUAAUUAUAUGAUAUUUAAUCAGGCGGUAGUAAAGGAAAGAAACGUGAUAGAAUCUUUGAUAACGAUAAACGUUAACAGUAGUGUCUACGCGCAAUAUUGUCAUUUUGCGUAUAUUACAAGUCUACCAUAUAUCUUCACUUACAUUGUUAGCAAAAAUAUUUUUUCGUUUUUAAUAGAAUCUGUGCAUGCAAUAACCUCAGCAUGCGACUUAAACUAACUUUUAAGACUUAUAUAUAUGUAUAGGUGUAAAAGUUUAGUAUUAAAUAAAUAAUAAUAUAAACAUCAUUUUUUAACAUAUGUUUAAUGUUAUUUGCAUAACUCUAUAUAACAAGUUUAAUUUUAAACGACAAUGGCUCUGUUAAAGUUCUGAGUUCAAACUCGUUAGGAGCGGUUUCAUCAACGUCCAUUAUCUUUAAUCCGAUUUUCUAUCUUAUCGUUCUUUUGUUUUUUUAAUAAUUACAAACAGACAAAGGCAGAAUUAAAUAAUAGAAUUAAAUAAUUACACGAUUAAUGCUAAUCGUCGUUGAUGAAACCAACUUAUUUUUCGUUAAUCAUCACAAAAUCAUUCAGAUACCUUACGCUAUGCUUUCAAUUUUAGCACGAUAUAUUAUUCACUCACUCAUUAUGCAUUCACUGCAAUUUUUGGAAAUAACUCUAAAUUUGAUAUAAAAUAAAAAUGGAAGUUGCCGUUUUACAUGUUUUUAACACGUGCUAUACAUUGUUAUAGUAUAUUAGAAACUUUUUACUUCUUCUUGGACUAUCAUUAUUCUAAUUACUCUAGAAAAUACAGGAUGUCACUUAAAAUAAUACGCGUUAGUUAUACUGGGAGAAUAUUUUUUUCCGGAUUUGAUAUAGAAAAUAAAUAUUAUUUCAAGAUGAACGAAACAUUGCGGAUGAAACUAAAUUAAGAAGAAUGUUAAUGUAUACAAAUCUUAGGCCAAAUUUGUAACCGUAUUUCUCUAUUAAUUUAUAUCUGAUGUCUUAAAAUCUCUCGACUGAGUAUUUUACAUUAUAAUUUGCUUGAAAUAGGUAUGAUAAAUUGUUUUUGAUCAUCAAGUUACGUGUAUAACGCAACUAUCAAAGAAUUAUUAAAUCGCGUGCGCAAAA